AUGGACGGCUCCUACUACCCCUCCAACCCCCUUCCUCAAUCCUCCACAUCCACCAACCGCUUCUCCCUCACCGCCCCUUCCUCCUCGCCCUCCACCUCCACCUCCACUUCCAAGCCCACCACCACAGCCGGCCGAAUAGCCUCCGCUACCGGUCUCUACACCUCCUCGUCACCCGCUCUGGCCCCCGCACCUACAGGUAUCCUCGACAGGCCAUUAAAUAAGGGCAAAGGGGCCGAGGUGGGGAUGUCGGCGUUCGCGUUCUUAUUGGCUGAGGUGGUCAGUUAUAGUCAGAGUAGGGUGGAUAGCGUGACGGAUCUGGAGAGGAGAUUAUCGUCCCUAGGCUACGAAGCUGGUCUGAGGAUAUUAUCGCUUAUCCUGCUGAGGAACACACAACAAGCAGGCGGUAAAGAUCCAAAACGGGAACAUCGCCUGAUCCCAAUCCUCCAAUUCGUCCAUACCCAAGUAUACAAAUAUUGCUUCGGCAAACCCGCCGACGGGCUCGAGCGGAGCGUGGAGGGCGAAGACGAAUAUAUGUUGACAAUGAAUCAACCCCCUCUGACGCAGCACAUCUCCAUACCGAAAGACAUGUCCCAGCUCUCUUGCGAGGCAUUCACAGCUGGGAUCGUCGAGGGCGUACUGGACGGACUGGACGUGCCUGCACGAGUCACGGCACAUACGGUCGGGACGGAUCAGUACCCCCAACGGACAGUGAUUCUCAUCAAGCUAGAUCAGAAGGUGAUGGACAGAGAAGAGGUGCUAGGCAAGUAG